UUCUCAUCUCUUUACCAUCUCUUGGAAGCUUAUGGAUAUAUCAUUUAUUAUCUCGGCCAUGAUCAUCACUUGACAGGCUUUCACAUCCCUGAUUUGCAUUUUCAUCGCAGCGGCACAUUGGGAACGGGGUCUAGGUACUUAGCAUUUCACUGGUCGUUCAGGGAUUGAGCACGAAUGUGAUUUGGCACAUGGGCGUACAGACUGGGUCUUGUUUUUCUGUUUCAGGUUUUCGUUCUAUUCUUUCUUUUAACUGUUUUCUUUUCCCCUAUGGCAGAGCAUCAUGUGUACACGGAAGUCGGCAUAUGGCCCUCGUCACUCAGUGUGGUUCAUACGUGAUAACACAGAAGGAUGGAUGUUGUGAUUUCAUUGAAGUAUCAUUCUCAGCGUUAUGCUGUUGGCUCGGUCUCUUCGGUGUUAUGCCUGCCCUUGUUUUUUUUUUUUUUUUUUUUUUCGGUGCUGGUCACUAUGGCGUACUACCUGGUUUUCUCCUGCUUAUGACGAUUAUACCUCAGGCGCUUUGGGGAUUCCAUUGCGGUAGCAUGAAGGAGGAGUUAACUUUGUUUCUCGACGAUUCUAUCUAACACAAUCAUGACAAUCACCGCUCUAUUUGCUCGAUACAUCG